AUGUCCAGAGUGUUGGUGUGUGCCCCUGUCUUUCGCCAUGUCUACCUCCACGAGAACAAACUGGAGGUGUUCCACAACGACACCUUCUCUGGCCUGGAGACACUGGAGUACCUGCAGGCUGACUACAAUGUCAGCAAACGCAUCGACAGCGGGGCGCUAUGCUACCUGCAUAAACUACGCGUGCUCAUCCUCAAUGACAACCUGACCCCUUCUCUACCUCCUCACCUCUUCAGAUCUGUGUCUCUGACCCACCUGGACCUGCGGGGGAACCGUCUGAAGAGCCUGGCCUACGCCGGGACCCUGGAGUACGUGGGCCGCAGCCUGAUGGAGCUCCAGCUGGAGGAGAACCCCUGGAUCUGUGGCUGUGAGGCUGUCCAGCUGCAGACCUGGCUGGGACACAUCCCCUACACUGCGGUGGUGGGGGACAUCACCUGCGAAUACCCCUUCCACCUGCACGGGAAAGACCUGAGGGAGAUACCACGCAAAGAGCUGUGUGCUGGAGAGGUGGAGGGAGAGGGGGAAAAGGAGAAGGAGAAGGAGGGAGAGAGGGAGAAGCAAGGAGGGGUACAGCCUCCUCAGCAUCCGCCCUCUAACCCCAAAGCGAACCCCAACCCUGGGAUGCCCAGACCCACCAAGCCAUCCUCCAUGGUUCACCAUCAGAACACACAUACCUCAUCUUCGUCAACGUCUUCAUCAUCAGCGGAGCGGAGGGAGAGAGACAGGUCCCCUCGGCCCACCAAGCGUCCCCGGCCCUCCAGGACGCCCCCCACCCAGCGUAGCCUCCUCCUCAACCAGCCCCCUCCCAUCGCGGGGUACCAGACUCGCCCCCCCAUCCCCAUCAUCUGUCCUCUGGGGUGCACCUGUAACCUCCACAUCUCAGACCUAGGGUUGACAGUCAACUGUAAGGAGAGGGGCUUCCAUAACGUGUCCCAGCUCACGCCACGCCCCCUCAACGGACGGAAGCUGUACCUCAGCGGCAACCUCAUCCAGUGGAUCUAUAAGUCAGAUUUCUGGAAUUUUUCCAGUCUGGAUCUGCUUCACCUGGGAAACAACCGGAUCUCCUUUAUUCAGGAGGGAGCGCUCUCCAGCCUGCCGACCCUGAGGAGUCUCUACCUGAACGGCAACAAACUGCAGAGGCUUAGCCCACACAUGUUCCUGGGUCUUCUUAACCUCAGGUACCUGUACUUUGAGUACAAUGAGAUCGGUGUGGUGGAGGCGGGAGUGUUCAGCCCCAUGCCGUCUCUCCAGCUGCUCUUCCUCAACGCUAACCUGCUGAGGUCACUUCCUGUCGGAGUGUUCCAGGGCAUCUCCCUCUCCCGCCUCAACCUCCGCAACAACCACUUCCUCAGCCUGCCUGUAGAGGGGGUGUUAGAGCACCUCACUGGACUGGUGCAGGUGGACCUGCAGCAGAACCCAUGGGAGUGCAGGUGUGAUGCGGCCCCUCUGAAGCGCUGGCUGGAGGGCCUGAGUGCGGUGGUGGUGGUGGGGGAGGUGGUCUGUCACUCACCAGAAGAGACCACAGGUACAGACCUUCGCUCUCUUUCCCUGGACCUCCUCUGUCCAGACCUGGACACCCACCAGGCCACGGAGGAGAACCAGGGGGAGUGGAACAGCUCCACAGCCCCAGACGGUGAUUUCUCUCUGGGCUACCCUGUGCCAGGCCAUGGCCCCCUGGGUCCCCUCACCAAGGCCUCCAUCCCUCUGUCGGUUCUGGUGCUCAGCCUGCUGGUGCUGUUCGUGUCGGCGUUCUUUGCGGCAGCGGCGCUGAUCGCCUACGCCCUGAGGAGGCGGGACAAGCUGCCGUUCCGGCGGCAGGGAGAGGUGGAUCUGGCCGGGAUCCAGAUGGAAUGUGGGAUAUUCACCGAGCAGCAGCACCACAGGUUACCGGUACCGGAGACCCCUCCUCCUCCUCUGUCUGCCUUGGAGCAUAGCCACGUAUACGAUAGCAUCCUCCCUGCCGACCCUGGCCCUAACCCUAACCUCAGUCCCUCAACACACAUAUGCAGUAACCCAGUCUAUAAGGAUGAGGAUGAUUCAGCGGUGAAGCAGCAAUGGCAACAACAGCAGCAGUUCUCUGGUUCUAAAGAGAAAGGGAAUGUGGGAAGAUACCGCUCAGCGGGGGAGAGAGAGAGCGAAGGACACUAUUGUUUGGUGGCAGAGAGAGAGAGAGAGUGGAACAUGGUGUCCCCCCCCCCCAUCAGUACCGUUGCCGGGGCAGUGGGACCCCCUCUUUCAGAUCUCAGCGGAAACGGGACCCUCUGCCCAACGGUCAUAGACAGCCAGGGCCCCACCCCCAAGGUGGGAUUGGUUGACUGCCUCUUUGGGAUCUCCGGAAUGUCCGCCGCCGUCCCAGAGUUCCGAGACCUGCCGGACAGGUAUACACGUCCCCCACCACCACGCUAUCCCCACCCUCCUCAAACCCCUCAGCCCCCCGAACCCAAAGAGGAACCCAACCAAUCCCUUGUGGUUACUACAAUGACAGUGUGUGCGGGGCCAAGCAGUAGUAAUCAGAGCCAGAACUCAGAGUUUCCGCGAGAGCUGAGAGCGAGACUCAGUACCAAGCCAGAUUACAUGGAGGUCCUGAACAGAUCUUAUCAGUUCUAAUAUAUAAUGUUACUAUGGAACCGCUGGCGAUGACA